UAUUAAUUUUUUUUUUCGUUUUCUUUUUCUCUUUUUCUUUUCGCUUCUCGUUGUAUCUUUGCGGUGGCGUUUUAGAUAGAGUGAUUUCGUUGAUAACCAGAGAUCAUCAAUGGCUAAACACGAAGAGCUUCCAAUUCCGACUUACUAUUCUUUGGAGCCUGUUUAUGGAGAUGGUUCUCUGCUCGAAGAAGCUCAGCUUAGAUUUGACAGAUUGAAAUCCAAGUUUCUCCAAGUCUUUGGACAUCUUCCUGACGUCUAUGCUCGAUCUCCAGGGAGAGUGAACUUGAUCGGAGAGCACAUUGACUAUGAAGGUUACUCGGUGCUGCCGAUGGCAAUCCGGCAAGACACCAUCGUAGCAAUCCGCAAGCAUGACGCCGGAGAGGCUCAAAAGUUUCUUAGAAUCGCUAAUGUUAAUGACAAGUACACCAUGUGUACUUAUCCUGCUGAUCCUAACCAGGAAAUUGACUUGAAAAAUCAUAGAUGGGGCCAUUAUUUCAUCUGCGGGUACAAAGGUUAUUAUGAAUAUGCUAAAUCAAAAGAAGUGGAUGUUGGUGUGCCAGUUGGACUUGAUGUUCUUGUCGAUGGAACUGUCCCAACAGGUUCGGGUCUAUCAAGCUCCACAGCAUUCGUCUGUUCUUCUACAAUUGCUAUUAUGGCUGCUUUUAAUGUGAACUUUCCAAAGAAAGAAAUUGCCCAACUCACAUGUGAUUGUGAAAGGCACAUUGGAACACAAUCUGGAGGAAUGGAUCAGGCAAUCUCUGUCAUGGCCCAAACUGGGUUCGCAGAGCUUAUUGAUUUCAACCCUAUUCGUGCCACUGAUGUGCAACUUCCUACUGGUGGGACUUUUGUAAUUGCACAUUCCUUGGCAGAAUCUCAAAAGGCUGUCACUGCUGCUACAAAUUACAACAACAGAGUUGUUGAAUGUCGGCUAGCUGCUAUUGUACUUGCAAUAAAGCUUGGAAUGAAACCACAAGAUGCAACAUCAAAAGUGAAAACCCUUUCUGAUGUUGAGGGGUUGUGCGUCUCAUUUGCUAGUAGUCAUGGUUCUUCUGAUCCUGUUGUUGCUGUUAAGGAAUUUUUAAAAGAGGAACCGUAUACGGCUGAAGAGAUUGAGAAAAUCAUUGAGGAAAAUCUGCCAUCGAUUUUCAGCAAUUCCGCAACCUCAUUGGAUGUACUAAAAGCAGCCAAGCACUAUAAGUUACAUCAGAGGGCUGCUCAUGUUUACUCUGAAGCAAGGCGGGUACGUGCUUUCAAGGACACUGUAUCAUCAAAUUUGAGUGAUAAGGACAAGUUAAAGAAGCUGGGUGACCUUAUGAAUGACAGCCACUACAGCUGCAGUGUUUUAUACGAAUGCAGCCUCACGGUUUUGUUCCAUAGGUGGAAUGGAAAACUUCUCAGGAGGUCACCCAUCCUAAGAUUUCUCUCAAGCGAGCACGUUUAACCCUGGAGUUCUUCUAACUCUCCAGGCUAUUCCACCAAAAGGCGCAUCCAGUGAUUUGUUCUCCCAUUUUAUAUAUCUUUACUUUUUGAACCCAAGACCAUCUCUCUAUACUUUGCCGAUGGGAGAUUUGCCUAAUGGACCUUUAAUUAAAAUUUAGAAAACAGUUCUUCAAAAUCUGCAAAAAAACACUUCUUUUCCUUUCUUUUUUCACUAACCUCUUCAUUUCUAAUAUGCUUUUUAUAAUUUUAAUUUUCUAUAUUUUAUUGGACAUUUAGGCCAAGAGUCACCUCUAAGAGAGAAUUGAACAAAUUGUCCCUUACCGGUCUGAUCCGUUUUUCCAAUAACUCUAUAUUGUUUCCUGAAAACUGAUUUAAUUAUUUGAGUUUGUUCUCAAGUUUUUCUGUAGUUUCACAUUACUACUAACUUCGCAAUUAUCCUUAGACCUAGGAUGUCACAGUGUCCCACAUGAAAUUUGGGCAGCAACUGAUCUCGCAGUCACUUCCCAAUACGGUCACCCAUCGCCGUGCCUUAGCUCAUUUAACCUUUUAUGUUUGUUUUUCUUAUUUCAAUUUUAACUUCAUGUAAUUAUUAUUUAUUUUUAUUUAUGACU